AUGGCACAGCACUUGCAACAACAGCUCCAGACUGAGCUGGCCGAACUCUUGGCCACCCAGCAUAUAACCGGCGGGGUGCCGUGUCCAGAAUUUUCGCCCCACGAACGCGCCCAGGUCGUCCGACAACUGUACAAGACGAUUCUGAAUCAGCCCGAGUGGGUCGACGCCUUCUUCCCCGAUGCCGAGGACAGCCCCAACGCCGACGGACAAGGUCCGUCAUCUAGUGCACCGUCGUCACCUGUCCCGCCAUGGGACGAGUUGCGCGAGUGGCUCAUCCCCAUGAACGACUCGACUUAUGAACCGCAGCGCUGCUGGUCCUUGCUCGAGACGCAGCGCGGGAUUGAGGAACAAAACCGCAGAGCCGGUCGCCCUGGACGUAAACCCAAGCUUGGGGCCGUCUGCGGUAAGGUUCUCCAGCGCUACGACCGGACGUACAUCUGCAAGACAUGUGCCAAGGACUCGUCCUGUGUGCUCUGCAUUGAUUGCUUCCAGGCAAGCGACCACGAAGGACAUGAAGUACUCUUCGGGCUCUCGUACACGUUUGCUGCUGUGUGUGACUGCGGCGACUCGAGCGCGUGGCGCGACAACGAGCACCUCGGUUGCGCUCACCACCCACCAGUGCGUGAUGGCGAGGUGCGCCGCCCAAAACCCAAGACGCCGCCAUCGGAGCUGUGUAAGGCUCUGUACGAGACGAUUGUCAUGUGCGUCGAGUACAUUGUCGCAGCGUUUGAGCACUCGGCGUUACCCAACGACUAUGGCAAGCUGCCAGCGACCCGCGAAGAGAUGGCUGAGGGCAACAUUCCGUCCGCCGAGCCGGCCGAGGCACGGGGAAAGGGGCCUUGGGCGAUCGUCGCAUGGGCGGACGAGCGUCAUGUUCUGCGCGAGGUGACACGCCAGUUCCGCGACGCCACGGGCGUGUUAUGGGAUGUGGCAGAACGCGACGCCAAAGAAUGGGACGAGGUGGGCCGUAAGAUCAUCACCGUCACAAACUCGGAUGUUAGCGCGUUCCACCACGCCUCGAUGCUCCAGCAGAUCGACAUUGGCGUCACCAUGCACCACGCGUACGACGUGUACCGCGAGGACGUGGCAGGGCUGCUCAUUCAAUGGCUGAGCGACAUGUGCAAGACGACCAUCUGCGGCGAGGAAGACCUGGUACGGAGAUACAUCGCCAUGGCUUUCUUCCAGCCACGGAACCCGCGCCCGCAGCCAGACGUUGGCUCGGCCCUCGCACCCGACCUCGCCGACCUGGAGGCCAACGGAUCAAAAGUCAAGCGGUUCGACUGGCUAAUGCGUCUCGACGUGCGGCUGUGGAAGCGUGCCAAGUGGCAGUUACGCGAGAUCUACGCAGGAAUCUUCGUGCUUGGCUGGGACGUCAAGCGCCAGCUUGCGACGCGCUAUUCGGUCAACUACGGGCACACGUUCGAGCACUAUCUCUACCAGGAUCGCGACGACUCGAGCUUGGCAUUCUCAAUGUCCUACAUGCUACUGGGAAGAAGCUCGGCAUGUGGCGAAGCCAUUGUCGAGAGCCAGUUGUUCCGGUCCGUCCUGGAAACGGCGUUCAACUACUUCUCGAUGCGGCCCACCAAGGAGGAAUGGAACCCGUCCGACGUCCAACGGUUCGACAUCGACUCGCCAGCCUUCAAAGGCAAGAAGGGGUUAACUCUUCUGAGCCACCUCCGCGCGCUCCUCAAGUAUAAGGAAGUCAAGGCCCAGAUUGUUCGCGACCCGCAGCUGUUUCACAGAACGCUCUCCUUCCUCAACCACUUUGUCGGCAUGCAGUCGCAACGUCGCGAACUGGAACGCCAUGUCGAGUACGAGGUUGACUGGAUAAAGUCACUCAGCGUGCUGCCCGACCUUAGCAAGUUGGCACGCGAGUUUGGCGAGUCGUUCCAGCUCUCGGAUCCAGAACGGUUACUCACUGCCAUCCGCAUGGUCGAGCGGCGUAUCGUGGACGACCAGACUCUUCAGUCUACAACUCUUGAUCGGGCAAUGUACAACGGGCCCACCUUUAAGACGGUCGAGAGAGUUUUCCGCCCGGGAACGUCGUACAAUGUCCUCGACAUCAACGUCACGCGAAUCACUGGCUUCUCCUUCCACCACUACAUGCACCUCGUCAUGGCCGAGCUCGUCAAGUCGUUCGCUACGGUCUGCUUCCCCGACUCCUCAAACUGUUCGCCAACGAGGUUUGCCGACGCCUUCUUAGCGUCGGCCUCCGGUUCCAACUCCCCCGCAGUCGCUUGGACGAUACCACCAUACUUGAUCGAGUUCCCGCUCCAGAAGCACGUUGUCUUGUCGCAGAUCAGAUUGUCCAUGUGGAACAAGAACGGCGCAGCGAUGCGCCACCAGUACCACCACUACCGCGAGUUGGCUCAACGCGAGUUCACCAUCGACCAGGAGUUCUUCCUCCUGCAGUUCGCGCUCUGCAUAAUGGACCACGAACAGUUCCUCACAACCGUCAUCGAGCGAUAUGGCUUGAGCGACUUCUUCCGCCGCGACGUCAUGUCACCAGAGUUGUGGGAGGGCGACAUGGACCCGCGCGACGCCGUCGCGAUGCUUGAGGAGCUGAUGCUGCUCAUCAUCUACCUCGUCUCGGACACCGCCGUCAUCAAUCGCCUCGAGCCGCGCGACAUUACGCGCAAGCACAUCAUCCACUCGCUCGCUUUGGGGUCGCUAUCAUACUCGGAAAUCGUGCGCAAGCUACCAGAACGCUCGCACGAGAGAGGCAGUCUGAUCCCGAUCCUGGACGAAUUGGCGUCGUUCCGCCCUCCGACCGAGACGGCCAUGGGGUCGUACACGCUCAAAUCCGAGUUCUUCGCCGAGGUCGAUCCGUACUGGCGGCAAUACAGUCGAAACGAGCAGCGCGACGCAGCACAGGUGCUGGUGGAACGAGCAAAGAAGGACGACCCUUCCAAUCCCCACCCCGUCAUCAAACCCUUGUCAGUCCGCGUACCGUCAUACCCUGGGCCCUUCAGCAACCUGGCCGACUUCCUCCGGACCCCGACUGCGUCGGCACUAGUGUACUGGUCCCUGGGUCACUGCAUCAUUAUGGCAACUCCGGCAGACUGGCCGGGCAAGUUUACCAGCCAAGGGCAGCAGAGCGGCCACCUACUCCCGUCGAUGGACGCGCUCCUCAACCUGUCUCUCCACCUCGCUAUGAUGGCGCUUGACGCAGACCCCUCAGGAUUUGCGAUGCGCUGCCUUGAAAUCAUUGAGACCAGCGGAUCGAUGAGCAUAUUCCAGAACCUUUGGUUCAUGCAGACGAACACGCCGUUCGAGGUCUUCCGGCCCAAGAUUGACUAUAUCCUUGACCGCAUCGUCGAAAAUUUGCCAGAGAACUAUACCAUCGACUACCGCGCUCAACGCGACUCGCGCAUCGCGGCGGCCGCAAGAGACGUGGCAACGCAACAGGCCAAUAGCGCAAGGGCGCAGGCCAAGGCUCGCCAACAAGCUCUCAAGGCCAAGUUUGCGCAGCAGCAGGCCAACUUCGCCGCAACGUUCAUGGACGACAUGGAUGAAGAGGAGGAGGAAGAGGAAGAGAAGCACCAGUACGGUCAGUGCAUCGUUUGCCAGGAGCCUGUGCAUCCGGGCCGCACUGGUGGCAUGCUCGCUUUCCUCCAGCCAAGCCGCAUCAUCCGCGACGCAGUGACGGAACGAGAUUGGUAUGAGGAGGUGCUCCAAACUCCGUCUGACCUCGACCGCAACACACGUUACUUGCGCUUUGGGAUGGGCACGACAGGCGAGCCGCUCAACACUGACGCGUACCCACCGACAAAUAUGCGGUUUGGUGUCUACGUCUCGGCCUGUGGCCACUUAAUGCACGACCACUGUAUAUUACAGCACAACGAAGGUACGCGCACACGUCAAGCGAGCCAGGUCCAACGCCACCAGCCGGAGAACGCGAUGCGCUACGAGUUCAUGUGCCCACUGUGCAAGAGCAUUGGCAACAUUCUUGUUCCUCUCGACCGGACCGCCACACCCUUAAGACCAAUGCCCGCCUCCAAGGUCGCACCGGGUUUUCCCCCAACGCUCAGCGAGCGGAUCCGCGCUGUGAGUGAGGAAGGCCUCUUACGCGUAUCCGACUCCGCCAAGAUCUGGGACUUCCAUGUCGAAACGGGAGAGCUUGUGCCGUGGUUUACAGACUGCGAGUUCCAGCGUCACGCGUUAGAUCCCACGUACCGCAAGACGCACAAGAAUGUGCAUCGCAUGGUCGACCGCAUCCGGCAGCUCACUCGGCCCUUAUCUGAGCAGUCGCAGAGAAUCCGCAACAAGAAGACACACAUGUACCUCGCCGACGACCUCGUUGGCUACACAGUGUCGGUGUGCGAGAUCACACACCGUGGGAUGGCGACCCCUGGCGCGACAGUGGCCGAGCAGAUCCCGGAGACGGGUCUGAAACUCAUCAAGCACCUCAUCGGGACGCUCCAGCUCGAGCUCGAUCUGUUCUUCGGCACCAAGACGGAUCGCACGCCUUUGCGUGUGGGUCUGUUCGCGCGCUUCCUCCCGGACUGGUACCGCUCCGCCACGCUGCCAUCACCGUUACUGUUCCGAUUACCGCUUGGAAUGGUAGUCGAGGCGGCUGCCAUUGCGCCUGAUUUGCUCCAAGCCGUCAUUGUCAUGUCGUACUACGCGGAGCUUACGCGCACUAUGCUGGGCCUGUCGGUCUUCAUCCGCCGAUCGCUCUCCGGCCGCAGUGCUCCCCAACCACGCACGGAGCCACCACUUGACGCAUCACGAGAGGACGCACUGUCCGUGUUCGGCAAUUACCGUCAGUCCAUGAUUACGGUGUUGCGCAACGCCGGCCCGUUCGUCGACAUUGAAGCGGUCUUGGGGCUCAUCUCGGACGAAACGGUGGCCAGGCUGCUGUACGCGUUCACUCUCCCCUUCCUCCGCCGCUCCGCCAUCAUCUACUACGCCGUCAACAACUCGUACCCAGUAACAAACCCCGACUAUAUUGUCACCGAAGGGUGCGAAUAUCGCCGUCUUCUCAGCCUUCUGGGCAUUCCCAGUCCAACCGAGACGUUGGGUAAUUUGCACUCGACCGAGACGCCGAUCGUUGCACGAUGGCUCACACAGUGGGCCAUGCAAGGACGCAUCCUCCCGCCGCUCGAGUACCCCGGGACGUACGAGCUCAUGCGGCUGCCCGAAGCAUACGAGGUCGCAGCCAUUCGAUACGCCGGCGAGCGUUGCGACGUCUGCGGCAUCCGGCCCAGCUAUCCAGCUCUGUGUCUGUUCUGCGGUCGCAUGGUGUGUUUGGCGGGUGACUGCUGCUCCGAGGGUGAGCAGGGAGAGUGCAACGUCCACAUGAGAGAGUGUGGCGGUGUUGUGGGCAUCUUUGCCGACAUCAAGCGCUGGGUGAUCCUUUACCUCUUUGCAGGUUCCGGCAGCUUUGGCCCGAUGCCAUACCUCGACCAGUUCGGCGAGCUGGAGACGAGUCUCCGUCGCGGACAUCGGCAGCGUAUGCACGUUGGGCGGUUUGAGGAGUUACGAAGGAACGUAUGGCUGCAGCAUGGGGUGUCAACGUUCUGUGCUCGCAAGUUGGAGAUGACAAACGACGGGGGUGGAUGGUCGUGUCUGUAG